GUUUGGGCCCGAGGUCGCUUUCACUAAACCACGUUUUGCUGAAGGGGGUGCUGUCCGUCCCCGACAGAGGCGGGGAGGUGCGGCACGACGAAGGGCAGGCGGCGGAGACAGCACCCGGCGGCGGAGCGGCACGCGGUACAGCAUGCGAACGCAGGAUCUCGUGCCGCAUGCCGCGGGGGGCCCAUGACUUUGUUUCGGAGCAGCAGCGGCUCCUCUUCUUUUAG